UGUGGCUGUAACGCAGUCUGCCGCUGUCUUGCUGCUACUGUACAACACUUUACUCUCGGGGUUUUCACAUUUUAAAAGAUGGAUGUAGAAGGCGAGGAACGGAAAUACGGGGAACCCAAAAAAUAUGACCCCAGCUUUAAAGGACCAAUCCAAAAUAGAGGCUGCACAGACAUUAUUUGCUGUAUUCUUUUCAUCUUGGCCAUAGUCGGAUAUUUCGCUGUGGGGAUACUAGCAUGGUCCCAGGGUGACCCUAGGAAGGUGAUCUACCCCACAAAUAGCAGAGGGGAAUUCUGUGGUCAAGCUGGAACUCCUUGGGAGAAUAGGCCCUACCUGUUCUACUUUAACAUCAUGAAGUGUGCAAGUCCUGUAGUCCUUCUAGAGUUCCAGUGUCCCACCACUCAGAUUUGUGUGGCGAGUUGUCCUGAUCGAUCCAUGACUCUGUUAAAUGCCAAAGCUAGUUCCCAGGAAAACUGGAAUUACUAUAAAUCGUUCUGUGUAGAAGACCCAGGCAACCUGACACCUCAGGAGAUUCUGAAACAAGCCAUUUGUCCGGCAGUGGUCAUCCCUAGCAAACCAUUCACGCGGAGAUGUUUUCCUGCUCUCGGCAUAAAGGGGAAUCAGAUCACGGUAGGAAACGAUACCAGUUAUUCGGAUGGACGGGGCGGAACUGUACAAGCCAGUGAUCUACUGCCUGCUGUAAAGAAUGCCACAAUAGUUGCCGAAACUCGAAUGGUGGUAAUGAAGAUCUUUGAGGAUUUCACAGUGUCAUGGUAUUGGAUAAUCCUUGGUCUGGUCAUAGCAACAAUUCUGAGUCUGAUCUUUAUUGUACUGCUGAGGUUCUUGGCUGGCAUCAUGGUCUGGGUUAUGAUUGUCAUGGUCAUCCUCGUCAUUGGAUAUGGUAUCUUCCACUGCACAGCAGAGUACAUUCAUCUGAAGAACACCCCUGGGGCCAACAUCACCCUCCAAGAGCUGGGCUUCCAGAUGGACUUGAACGUGUACUUGCAUAUCAGACAGACCUGGUUAGCCUUUAUAAUUAUCCUGGCAAUAGUGGAGCUCAUCAUCAUCCUGUUGCUCAUCUUCCUCAGAAAAAGAAUAUUAAUUGCCAUUGCUCUCAUUAAAGAGGCCAGCAGGGCCAUCGGUCAUGUGAUGUCAUCGCUGUUUUACCCUCUGUUGACCUUCCUUCUCCUCGGCAUUGUCAUUGCAUACUGGGCCAUCACAGCUAUCUUCUUGUCCACAUCCAAUGAGGCAGUUUACAAAGUGUUUAAUCAGACUGAUUGCAUCCAUGCAAGGAACACCUGUGACCCUGCGAACUACACAGCCUCUGAAAUGAAGAAAGCGUGCCCAGACUCUCAGUGCCUUUUUGCUUUCUAUGGCGGCGAAUCUGCCUACCACAAGUACCUCAUUCUCCUACAGUUCUACAACGUCUUCCUAUUUUUCUGGUGUGCCAACUUCGUGAUAGCCUUGGGUCAGAUGACUCUGGCAGGUGCCUUUGCUUCCUAUUACUGGGCGCUCAACAAAUCUCGCGAUAUGCCUGCCUGCCCAGUGUUCGCCUCACUUGGCAGAGCUCUCAGGUAUCACACAGGCUCUCUUGCAUUCGGUUCUCUCAUCUUGGCAAUCGUCCAGGUCAUCAGGGUUCUGUUGGAGUAUCUGGACCACAAACUAAAAGCGGCAGAGAACAAAUUUGCCAAGUUCCUUCUUUGCUGUCUCAAGUGUUGCUUCUGGUGCCUGGAAAAAUUUAUCAAGUUCAUCAACAGGAAUGCUUACAUCAUGGUGGCCAUUUAUGGUAAAAACUUCUGCACUUCAGCCCGAGAUGCCUUCUUUCUUUUGAUGAGAAAUGUGAUCCGGGUGGCUGUCUUGGACAAGGUCACAGACUUCUUGUUGUUUUUGGGGAAGCUUCUUAUUGUUGGCAUUGUAGGUAUUAUUUCCUUCUUCUUCUUCUCUGGGAGAGCACAAAAAGUGGAUUUUGCUCCCAAUUUGCACUAUUACUGGGUGCCCAUUCUGACGAUCGCAGUGGGCUCCUACCUUAUUGCCCAUGGCUUCUUCAGCGUGUAUGCCAUGUGUGUCGACACACUCUUCCUUUGCUUCUGCGAGGACCUGGAGCGUAACGACGGCUCUGCGGCACGUCCGUAUUACAUGUCGUCUACGCUGCAUGAGAUCCUGUUCAAGGAGACAGAGGAACCUGCUGUUAAUUCUCCAUCUUCACCUCAGGAGGAAGCGGUCCCGCUUAGAACACAAAAGGCCUCCGUGGAACAAGACUAACAUGCACGAUCAUUGAACCUUAACUUUUUGUCAUUUUAAGUGUUUUAUUUUCAGAAAUUCAGGUGACAUCUUUACAUUUGCAAAAACUUGAACUAAAGACAGUUCCAAGUGUGAUUUAUUAUACUCUGUAACGAGAUUUGUGAAGACAUUUCGGUUAAUUAGGCGCCAUUAGCUUUUACCGCACAUUAUUCACUAAAUCUUCCUUGUUGUUAGGGAGUGCAGCCCAUGGCACAGUAAAGCUGUUCCACUGGCUUGUAAGUUUAAUCCUGGAAAUAACUGUAGUGUAUUUCUCAAGCAAAUAUUAAAACUUAGUGUAGUAUACCAACGUUUCACAGUAGGCAUGUCCUAAAUUUCUCAGAAGCACUUUUACCUUGUCUGGCUAAUACAGGUUAUUAUACUACUACUACUACUACACACUACAUAUACACUUACCAGCUAUUUUAAUAGGACCAUCUUUACCUCUGCUCAUUCAUAAAGUUAUUUGAUAAGCCAAUCACGUCAGAGUAGUGCAGUGUAUGUAAUCUCUUGCGCCAACAACUACACAUUUUUCUCCCAUUCUGUUUAAAGUGAACAUUAACCGAAGCUCUUGACCUGUAUCUGCAUGAUUCUAGACACUGCACUCCUGACACAUGAUUGGCAGGUUGGAUGAUUUCAUGCAUGGCCAGGUGUAUAAGGUUUCUUAAUUAAGCGUUGAGUGUACUGUAUACACAACGAUGUAAAAGUACUAGAUAUGUCAUAGAUACACUGCCAUACAUGUUUUAUAAAGAAAUAGGUCUGUAUGUUUUUUGGGCAUCAUGCAGACAUUGCCACAACGCUUUUCUGGACUUUUACUGUCUCUCAUGCUUCACUUUCUUCAGGUAAAAUCAGAAAAAAAAUAUUAAAAUGUUUUCUUGAUAUGAAAUAGUGUGUAUGGGGGAAUCACUUUAAUGACGAGCCCUGUACUGCUGUGGUAUAUCCAGGGUUAUGUUCUGUCUGUGUCAUGUCGCGUUCCUAUUGUCUGAAUGUUAAAUGGACGUGACACUUGAUUAUGUGGGUUGUUCCAGUAUUUAAAUAUGAACGGUCCUUCAACUUUGCACUGUCUGGGAUCGGAAUAAUCCACUGCUACUAUGCUAUUGAGCAUUUACUCUGUAGAUGCAAUGUUUGUCUAUUAUUAAUGAAAAGCUGAUGCUCGGGCUGGAUUUUCAUUUGGUCAUUUAAAAAUUUUACAGUAAGUGCUGCUGUUUUUAUGUUUGAUUAGAUAUGCAUGUUUUAAUGUUUAUUUUUAUUUUUUUUGGAUUUUGACAAACAAGUACUGCUGAUUUCAGUUUCAAAAGAUGCACUUUUUAGACACUAAGCCUUAUCACCCCAAAGAAAGCACCACUUUGCCUUGACGUUUAACAACGAACAUUCCCUGUUACUUUGUUCCUCUUUAACUGUUCAGUAAGAGCUGUGCCUUUUAAUAUGUCUAUUAAAAUGUAUAUAUGCUAAUUGCUUUUUUAUUCUCAUUUUAAAUGUUUAUGUGCUAUAUCUAUAUUAUGCUUUUAUAAACAUUACAUUUCUUUAAAAGUGAGAUCAAGUGUUGCAACAAAGAUGGACAAAGGUCACAAAUCCAGUACUUAAGUGAAAGUAGACUCCUAGCUGAAUAUUACUCAAGUAAAAGUGUAAUUCUUCCAUUUACAUGUGUAACUGAGUAUAAGUACAAAAGUACUCGCCUUCAAAUUUUUUAAGUGUUAAAAUUUACAGAACUUAUGAGUUCAC